AUGCCAUCCAUUCACAAUAACAAUUUAAAUAUUCGAAGAAUUUUUAUAUUUUUACAAUUGAGAUUAUUUCAAUUAUUAUUUAUUGUGAAUAUUAGCCUAUUUAUAUUACAAACACCUUUAAUUUUGUCAUCAAUUAAUGAAAAAAUAAAAAAUAAAAAUCAACAAUUAAUUAACAACAAAGAAAAUAAUAUUUUUAUUAAUUUUACAAAAAAUAAAAAUAAAUUUAGUAGAAGUGUUAGAUUAUUAGAUAAAAAUGAAAGGGAAAUUAAAAAAUAUCCUCUAAUUGUUGGGGCUGGUGAAAAAUUAAAUGUACCAAUUAAAGGAGGAACAGUGCCCAUCGAAUGGUUUAAUCUUCGGAUUGUUGAUCCACAAAGAUUUGGUAGAAGAUUGGGGGAUUUACGUUUUGAGGUUAAUUAUUAAUUUAAUUUGUAUACAAAUUGGGAUUUGAUGGAAAAGUUAUUUUGAAAUUUAUUGAGGCUGAGCAGUA